UUGGCGGGCAAAAUCGACGUUUUCAAAUAAACCCGCGCUCAACUCUCUAUUCGUUGCAACUUGGAAUGGCGACUUCCAUAGGCCUUGCAGAAACUUCGCAUAGAGCUCCCAACAAUCCCAGUGUCAACUCUUUCUAUGGACUAGAUGCUACUGUUGAAAACAAGAAUCUUAUCAAACGGCAGUUUACAGACUUCUUGGAAGAGGAGCUAGAGAAGGGAAAGUACGCAGAGAGAUUGAGAGACCUCCUCGAACAAGGCAAAACGCGCUUGGUUGUAUCGUUAGAUGAUCUGAGAGCUUUUGAUCAUCUUUUUGCCAGAAAUCUCCUUCAGUAUCCUGCAAUAUGGGUUCCCGCCAUGGAAGAAGCCGUUAAAGAAUAUGCCCUGUACUUGCGACCUGACUUAGAUAAGAGUUUGCAUGAGUUUAGAAUCGCUUUUCGUGGAAGUUUCGGAGCCCGACAGGUAUCACCCAGAGGACUGCUUGCCGAGUUCUUGGGGGGUUUGGUUCGUAUUGAAGGUAUUGUUACCAGAUGUAGUUUGGUGCGCCCAAAGCUUGUUUUAAGCACACACUAUUGUCCCGCCACAAAUAAGUUUACGACAAGAACUUACAGUGACGGAGUUACUUUGGAUCAAAACAAUAGGGGAAUCGGUAUUGCCGUAUAUCCAUCAAAAGAUGACCAAGGAAAUCUUCUUGAAACAGAAUUCGGUCUUUGCAAGUUUCGUGAUCAACAGAAGAUUCUAGUACAGGAGAUGCCUGAGAAUGCUCCCGCGGGACAACUUCCUCGUUCGAUAGAAAUAGUAGCAGAAGAUGACCUGGUUGAUUUAUGCAAACCCGGAGAUAGAAUCCACAUUGCAGGAGUGUAUCGUGCAAUCCCUGGUGCUGGGCAGAGAACUGGUGGUUCGGGAGUUUUUCGAAGCAUUGUGGUUGCGAAUGAUAUCCUUCAGGUGAAUGAAGACGCUUCCAAGCCCCAGUUGAGUGAAAGCGAUCUGUACCUUAUACAUCAAGUUGCAAGCAGUGAAGGACACUUUGACAUUUUAGCCAGGUCAAUUGCCCCUUCCAUUUAUGGUCAUGAUCAAGUCAAAAAGGCGCUUUUGUUGCAGCUGCUGGGAGGAAGUGAAAAGAAUUUGGACAAUGGAACUCAUCUUCGAGGGGAUAUUAAUAUCCUAUUGGUUGGAGACCCAUCCACAGCCAAAUCACAAUUGUUACGCUUUGUCAUGAACAUUGCUCCUUUAUCCAUUUCAACUACAGGAAGAGGCUCUUCUGGUGUAGGCCUUACUGCAGCAGUGACUCAUGAUCAAGAUACUGGUGAGCGUCACCUGGAAGCUGGCGCUAUGGUUCUUGCUGACAGAGGUAUCGUAUGUAUCGACGAAUUCGAUAAAAUGAGCGAGAUAGAUCGAGUUGCAAUUCAUGAAGUAAUGGAACAACAGACGGUAACCAUCGCUAAAGCUGGCAUACAUGCUUCUCUCAACGCUCGUUGCUCUGUUCUUGCCGCUGCAAAUCCUCAAUAUGGGUCUUAUAACAAACAUAAGAAACCGCAAGAAAACAUUGCUCUUCCUGAUUCUCUUUUAUCACGAUUUGACCUUUUAUUCAUUGUUUUGGAUAAUAUCUCUGCUCAGAGAGAUCGUGAUGUUGCGGGACAUGUUCUGACCGUACACCAAAUGCCCGAUAGACACAUUAUCAGUUCUGAAAAUGAAGAAUCAACUCUCUUUUCUCGAGCUCUUUGCGGGCAGAGUUCGCCGAAAGAUAUAACCUUCAGCGUUUCCUUUUUGAAGAAGUUCAUUUAUUACGCCAAAACUCGAGUUAAGCCUGUGCUCACGGAAGAAGCUGCUGAAUAUAUUUCUCAAGUUUAUCGAGAUCUCCGUCAGCAAAAUAGUGAUCGUACUCUUCCUAUUACUGCUCGGCAAUUAGAAACCUUGAUACGUUUAUCUACUGCACAUGCAAAAUGUCGGCUUAGUCACGAAGUUACUGCUGAAGAUGCUCAAUUAGCCGAAGAAAUUUUGCUUUAUUCACUUUAUAAUGAUGCUAGACCUAUCAAAAAGAAGCAAAUAAAGAGAAAGAGACAAAGUGAGAGCUGUUCUCAAUCGCUUCCACGUUUUGGAAGCGAUACGGCACGUGGAAGUCAUUCGAAUGACGAUAUUUACUAUUUCAAUGAAGAGGAGGAGGAUGAGCUAGCAGAAAGAGCGAGAAAUACAUUGAGACGGCCUUCUCAAGUCAUUGAUAAUUCUAAUGAUCCUGAAGCCAUACAGGAUUUGACCGAGACGGAUCAGGUUAUGGCAGAUGAUUCAUACACGGAGAGGGACCAAAUGCUUGAUGAAGCGGAUAAAGAGAACACUUUCAUGUCUGAUGAUGCGAUGACUCUGGUCAAAGAGGCGAUUGACAAGGUCACUUCAGAAAAGAUGAGUGAACAAUGUUCACUUCGAGAAGUUAUGAACUUGUUGGACAAACAAGGUAUGGAGCAGGACGAAGUAGAACGAUGCUUGAAUCUUCUUCAGGGAGCUGGCCUUAUCAUGUAUCAUGACCAAAUUAUCUUUCGAAUAUAAAACACCCACUAUUGUUUCAUUUGUUUUGAGUUGAAUGGUCCAGCUUGCAUAUCGAUAGUGACUCUUGGAAAUUGUUUACGUCAAGACUACUUAGAUGUUUGAUU